UGUCAGCAGAAAAUGCCAGCGAGUAGCGUCGAUUCUACUGUUUCUAGGAGCCGGUAGAGCCUGCCUGGGGUUUGCAGCAUCAGUCUCUCCCAAGUUGACUGGUGGAAUGUUGUUGACUUAGCUGGCAGAGUCGGCGGAGGAGGCCCUUCUCCGGGAGCCCUCUGUGAAGGAUAUUAGGAGGGUUCUUUGAUGCUCAUCCAGCACAUCUGAAAAAUCAUGAAAUUUUUAUCACUUGCAGCCACUGUUUGGUGUAUCCUGGUACCAUCCACUGAGGCCAGCAAGGCCUUUAAGGACAUCCGCUGCAAGUGUGUCUGCCCACCAUACAGGAAUAUUAGUGGACAUAUUUAUAAGAAGAAUGUGUCACAAAAGGACUGUAACUGCCUGCAUGUGGUGGAUCCUAUGCCAGUGCCUGGGCAUGAUGUUGAGGCAUACUGCCUGUUGUGUGAAUGCAAGUAUGAAGAGCGAAGCACUACCACCAUCAAGGUCAUCAUCGUGAUAUACCUUUCUGUGAUUGGAGCCCUUCUACUCUACAUGGUUUUCCUAAUGGUGGUGGAUCCCCUUAUCCGCAAGCCUGAUGCCUACACCCAGCGCCUGCACAAUGAAGAAGAGACUGAGGACACUCAUUCACUGGCAGCUGUACGGCCGUCUCCCGGCACCAGGGCAAACACGGUGCUGGAGAGAGUGGAAGGUGCGCAGGAGCGGUGGAAGCGGCAAGUGCAGGAGCAGCGGAAGACCGUGUUCGAUCGGCACAAAAUGCUGAGCUAGAGCUCACUGAGAGCUUGUAGCCCAGGAGUGGGCAGCCGCUGCUGGUUAGCUAGGCAGAUGAUUUCUGUCAGCCAAUACAAACCUUGAGCCUAGUUAGUGGAAAUAAGUUGCACCUGCCUCUUUUAGUUUGUUUUUGCUUGUUUUCUUCCCCGCUCCCACACUUCUGUCCUGCCCUUCUCCCAAGAACAAACUACAUUGGAGCAAUGCAGUUGCUGUGUACCCCCAGAGUCCUUCACCCUUACAGCAGGGGCAUCCCCUCAUCUGCUCCAUUCUCUAAAGCUCUGCACUCACAAAGCAGUGAGUAUUGUCGCUUGGUUUCUAUGUGAUCUGUGAAAGAGGGAAAGACCAACUUUUAAUGGCAAUAUCUGUUUGAUGUCUGAAAUUACAAAUAGCAGCAAAUGCAUGCUGGUCUAGCAUCAAUCUAGUUUACAGAUGAAAAAUGUGGCCGUAGAAGUGUUUUAGUUGUUUAUCUGUUUUUAAGCAUUUGUGGCUUGCUUUUCAGCUUGAAAUGGGUACAUUAUUAAUGGCAGCAUCCUUGUUUGUUUCCCUGGCAGCAAGGUAAUGUAAGAACCUUCAAUACUGCAAAAAGUUUACAGAAAACUGGUCUGGCCAUACAAAAAAAAAAAAAGAUUGGUUUGCGGAUCUGGCAUUAAUAACUGAAGAGUAAAGUAAAGGAAAUUAAUUUAGUAAAGGCAACAGUUCUGUUGGUGUUGUGAGAGCUCACAGAAACUUCCUCCAGAGACUCUUUCAGGCUCACUAAGCUUGCACCGAAGAAACACUGAGAAGUAAGGAAGCUGAUUCAGAUCUAUUGUGAAACUAUGGCUUGGCACUCAGUGAAUGUCCCUAGGUGAAGUUUCAGCUUCCUUCUCUCCCCCACAGGGACCAAACUAGAGCAGGAGGUCUGCACAUACAUCUUUCACAUGCAGGUUUAUGACAAGUGCUUUGUAUUUCCCUCCCAGGCAAUAAUAGUUAAUUCCUCAUUUGGUUAGACCAGGAUGAGCAGCACAUGACCAGCAGGUCAAAUGUAGCCUUCACUGCCCUGUUGCCAAAUUUGGGGAACUAAUUGGCAGGCAAACUGAAUUGGACCCUUUAGUGUUAUGGAUGCCAUUUUUAAUUUUUUUUGAAAGGGUCAAAUAGAAAAUGGUCCACAGAUCUCCCACAAUUGCCUACCCUUGGGCUAGAUCUUGGCUUAAAUCGGAGAAUGAUGAGCAGGAACAGCAAAUGCUCUUUGUACAGUUCCACUUCCACACAUGUGAAUUACUCUGUAUGUGAAGCUUUUGAGGUUUGUUUCUGUGCAUAUAAGAGGAGCCCUUUAGAUUUAUUUGUCCCCGCACCCACCCCAUGGGAACGUCAUGAGGAAAGGAGAAUAGAAAAGGAGAAUUGUCUCUUAGGAAAAGAGAAUUAUCAUUUGGCUUGUGGAAGUCUGUUCAGUGUGCUGUACCCAUUAAUAGUCUAACUUAAACCCUAUGCUUUUCCAUAGGUCUAUUCUAAGUUGGACUAAAUUUGGAUGCAACCCCCAUGUGAGAACAGAUCUCUGGAACCCAGAAAAAAAAGUCACCCAAAAAGAAAAAAAAAGUUUUAAAGCUUCAUAUUUCAUAUUUGACUUUGGCAUUUGUUUAUACACAGGUCUGCAGUAGCCAUUUUGUUUCAGUUUGACUUGGCAAUAUUUGUUCUUACAGUACCCACAGCAGUGUGUCCAGGCACUGUACCACGGGUGAAAGGGAAGCAGUGUUAAACCUGGUACACCUCCGUAAUGCAAUGAAGUAAUGGUUUCUCCAAUGACAAAGCCAACACCCAGGCAUCUUUAAAGGCAGCCUGUACUUAUUCUGCAUGGAAGUAUUUGUGUACUAAAUAAUGGUUUUGAUUUAUUUCCCUUAAGGGAUCUCUGGCAGACUGGGCCAAUUCUUGUUACUAUGCAGCAUCUUUUCAUUAAAGAAACUGGUAUGUAA